CUGUGUUCCGCCUGCUGUUGCAUUUAGCCUGGCUCGUGCUGGCUCGGAUACCUAGCAUCUUUACUCAUGUUUUCGCUCACGCGGCGGUUUGUAUCCUGGUACCCACCCUCGAGAAGCGUAAUUCCAAACCCAAAGAAGGCCACUCCAAGGGUCCGUUCACCCUUUUUCCCGUUCACCCGGCUUCCUGAUCUCGAGAAAUGGGGAUCUUUCGCGGGUGGCCUCCGCUGCCAGACCGAAGAGCUGAUUUCGCAGCUCUUGAACGGGUGCUCCUCGCUUCUCCAUCAGGUGGUGUCCCUGAGUGUUUUGUGGACUACAGUCCCUUCAGAGGCUGGGAGUAGGUCCAUGCAUGGGGUCAUUGGCUUCAAAUGUUUUUCCAAUCAAGCGAACGACAACCGAGUCCAGAUGGGUCUGGGCAUUCACAUGCACACUCCAUAUACAUAAUGCCACCGUGCUUUUCGUGGGGAACGGGCAGAAAGAAACCCACGCACGCAUAACCCGCAGUGCUGAGUCAUUCCAUUCGACGCGUUGAAGCCUGGGCUAGAUAGUGCUUGCCUGGCAUUCAACGCACGAAGCUUAGCUGUGCUAUCUGCGAAGAGAAAGACGAGCUUUGGUUUCUCACACGUUUACCGCGCCCACAGCGCGAGAGACACGUUCAGUCGUCGCAAGAUGGGGCUUUAAAACAGCCGCGCGAACCGACGUUGACUAUACAUAGCCGAGAUUCCGUGCUGCCGAUCGGCGGAAGUAAGUACGAGUGCCCAAGGCUAGAGGCUCGUGUUGCUCGCAGGGAGACGGACCAAGCUACUAUCAGGAGUGACAACACUGACCACGAGACAAG